GCUUGACUCUUUUCCCCCAGCUUUGCGGUCCUCAUCCCACGGAUUCAAUACCCUUAAACACUGCAUUAGAAAAUUGGGAAAUUAGGAAGCCAGGCCUCAUCCCCCUCACACUUUUCCGCACAUUCUUUUUACGGACACUGAACGACACAACACGAAAAGAGAAGUCAAGAUGGAUAUCGACGACGAUGAUGCUUUCCUUUAUGGCGAUGAGCCUGAACAGCAGCCACAGUCUAUCGCUCAAGCUCAGGCGCAAGCGCACGCGCAAGCAGAAGCAGCAAAGGAGAGUGCGAUCAGCGCGUCAAUGGCAGCAUCCCUAGCGGCAUACGGUAUCGACGCCUCUGCGGCCGUUGUCGAAGCUCUCCCCGAAAACCCGGAAGAUGGUGGCGUCGAAGAAGAAGAUGAAGGGGAUGAGGACGAGGAUGAGGAAUCCGACGAGGAUGAUGUCAAGCUUGUGUUCACUGGAGGGAGUUCAAGACAAUUGGAUUUAAGAAAACCACAACAGGCUCCGGCGGUUGUUGGGAUUGGGAAAUGGGCACAUGCGAGUACAGGUGCACAAGCGCCUGCGACCCCUAGUACGCCUCAAGCUGGUCAGGUUACUGGUACGCCUACCAAAUCAAACCAAAAUGACCCUGGACAAACCACCGAAUAUACACCCGCACCUCGUCCUUCUGCGUCUGCCACCCCUCAACCCCAAUCGGUGAACGCGUUGGCCAAUCCCCCUAUUGCGCCCACUUCCCAAGCACCCAAUCUCCAGCCGCAACCUUCCUCGAUUACCAGCGUCGUCACCGCCGACGCCAACGGCCCGCCAACCAAUCCCAAUCUCCCUCCUUCCCACCUACCUCCGGUGACGAACCCCUCUGCCAACCCGCGAUUCGACCCGUCCAACCCUUCUGGCCUCAUCCCUUCCUCUGGCCAGUCAGUAUACGAUAUUGACCUUUCCUUAUUCGAAGGGUCCGGCCAACCGUGGCGUCAGCCCGGCGCUGUUGUGAGCGAUUGGUUUAAUUUUGGGUUUGAUGAACAUACUUUCCCGAAAUGGGUGAGGUAUCGAACCGAGAUGGGGGAGAAUGUCAAGUCGCUCGCUGCCGGUGGUGGUCUCGGUGCCGGAGCCGGGGUGGGGGGUGAUACGAUGAACCAAAUGGGUAUGAACGGGAUGAAUGGGAUGACCCCACAAGCUCAAGCCCAGGCCCAAGCUCAAGCAGCGGCCGCGGCAGCAGCAGCGAUGCAAGGUAUGGGCGGUAUGGGUGGUAUGAUGCCGAACCAGAUGCAAGCGCAGAUGCAGCAAAUGCAGCAGAUGCAACAAAUGCAGCAGAUGCAGCAGAUGAUGGCGAUGGGGGGUAUGCCGGGGAUGCAGGGGAUGGAUCUGGGGAUGAUGGGGCAGAUGGGGCAGAUGGGACAGAUGGGUGGAAUGGGCGGAAUGGGGCAGAUGGGGCAGAUGGGGCAAAUGGGUCAGAUGGGUGGGAGACAAGGUGUACGACCCAACAGCAACCUCGCCAACAACGCGGCCGCCGGCAACGCUCUUGCAAACAACGCCAACCCCAACGCGAACACCAUCGCAAACUCAGGCUCUGGAGGAGGACAAGAAGUGAAACAAGAAGAAGGCGAACAUGUCGAACAAGCAUCCGCCAAUCCCGCUUUUGCGGGGAGGGCACCACCGCCUCCUGGGAGGAAUAUGAACAUUGCGCCGACUCCUGCUUCCGGUGCUGCGGCUGUUACUCCCAAUGCUGGGGCGGUGAACCCGGCUGCUGCUACGACGGCAGCAACUGGCAGUGCCAACGCCAACCCCAACGCCAGCACCGCCGCCAACGUACCAACCGGUCCACGGGCAGCAACAGCCGUCCCCCUCGGCCCUCGCGCCGGCGCCGGGGUUGUGCCCACAGGCCCGAAAGGAAGGUUUAGGGAUAAGGAUCGGGUGGUGGAUGUAGGUUCCGCAAGUGGGGGCGCGUUGGAUUAUGGUGGUGGGGAUGAUGUGAUGCCUGCUUCUGCUUCCAACUCGAAUGCGGGCUCGGGUUCGGGCUCGGGGAUGAAGAGCACGAGUAAACGUGAUCGGGAGAGGGAGAGGGAUAAGGAGAGCCACAGCAGGGAUAGUAGAGGGAGGGAUCGGGCGAGAGACAAGGAUAGGGAAAGGGGAGAAUAUGAUGAAGAGGGAUAUACUUCGGAUGAGAAGGAUAGGGAGAGAAGGCGAAGGAGGGAGAGGAGUGAGCGUAGCGACAAGGACAAGGAGCGUAGUGAUAAGAGGAAACGGGAAGGGGGAAGCGUUAGUGCGAGUGCGAGUCUGGGUCCAGGAGGAUGGGAGGAAGGUGAGGAGGAGGAAGAGUAUGUACCACGAGAAAGAGAGAGGGAGAGGACGCGGAGGAAGAGGUCGGAGAGUGAGGAAGAUGAGGGAUAUAGAAGGAGUAAGAGGAGAUAAGGGAUAGGGUAUUUCUUUGCCUUUUUUUCUUUUCUUCUUUGUACAAGGCAAUCGGGGAUGGAGAAUGGGGAGGUGGUGGGGAAAAAAAAGGGGCUAUGCUCUGUAUGAACCAG